AUGGCGUCGUUCGAGACAGAAGUUCUCACAACAGCAUCUAUUGCAAACAGCGGCACCCAUGAAUACGUCGUCAACGACUGUGGACAGCAGCGACACCAAUCUCAAGUACAGGGCGGUAUUCCCACAGCGACGUUCAGCAGGUACCGGUUGGCUGAGUGGGGUCAGCAGGCCACGCCCACUAAUUUUUCGGCCCGCAAAGUUUCUCCGCAAGCUUAUUCCCCAAUCAGCCCCUCCAACCCAUGGCCAUUACAAGACCCAUGGAAACGCCAGUCACAGGGUUUCUUCAAAAAAGGUCGUCAAAUCUGGACACAAAGGGAAAGUGGUGGAGGUAAGGGGGGGAAAGGCAGAGGGGGAAGCAAUGGGCCACCGCCACCAGAUGGCUGGCGCUUCCCCCCUCUUGGCGACAUCCGACCUCCAAAGACUUUUGGAUGCCCCUUUUACAUCUCAGACCCGUUGCAGUUCCAUGAGUGCAGCAGUCUUCGUCUACGUCGAUCUAGUGAUGUCUCCCAGCACCUCAUGCGGAGCCAUCUGCUGCGGACCAUGAGGCUCGUCAGACGUCGUGACACCGAGACUACCGUCAGGGCCGAAUCCGAGGAGAGCAUGCAGCAGGACGGAACAUGCGCCAACGCCAAUGGUAUCAGACUCUAUCAUCAAAAGUGUCGCAUGGAGUUCAAUGGUCCCAACGCUGAGGAAAACCUGCAAGAACACUGUAAUAACACUGUGUGUUAUAAAGCAGGUAUUGAGCAGACCGGUGUGAUGCUCCCUGCAGAGUUUAGAGCCCUCAUAGCUGCACGUGAUAGCGUUACUGGCGGCGUAGCCAAGUGGUAUGCUAUGUGGGCAGUAUGUUUCCCGCCGCUGGUUACAACGAGAUUCCGGACCGUUCCAGCAUCGCCAUAUGUCGAAACAACCGUCCCUCGCGAGCUGGGAGAAUAUACAAUUCGCCAAGCCCUGAGCAACGGGCUCAUGGGAGACCAUAGUCUCAUCACUGAUCAGAUCAUCAACCAAAUCUACCUUGGUGACGCCCAGACCGACCUAGAGGUGCAACAGACAGUCCAAGAUCAGCAGCAAGAGCGGAAUUUGAAGCUGCAACAAGCGGACUACGAAGCUUUUUAUCGACAAGCCUCGCCUCAGCAAGCCAUGGACUGGACCUGGGAUAACCUUCCCCCGGGCCAAUAUGGCGGGCCUCAGUAG